CAGCAGCUGAAGAACAUGGCGGAGAGCCGCAAGUCCACCCUCCUGCGCUCGGAGAAGACCCUCCUGAACCAGCAGAAGGAGAUCAAGAGCCUGCAGGAGGAGAAGGAUGAACUGACCUUGCUUCUGGGUCUCGUCAAGUCCUCCCGGAACCUGAACCUGAACGAGAAAAACUACCGAGAGCUGCGCUUCCUGCUGCAGACCAAGGAGGACUACGAGGGCCUCAUCAGCUCCAUGAAGGCGUUCCUGGAGCAGCUGAACCAGAAGAUUGAUGAGACGGAACAAAAAAUUUUCAACCAAAAAAAGACCGACUCGAAAUUGGAGGAGGCCAACGACCCCCGGAAGCUGGAGAAGCAGAUUCAGACUUUGGAGACCCGUUUACAUCUUGUCACCGUCAGCUUCGACAAGAUGCUGCACGCCAACGCCCAGCUGCGUGGCGAGAUCGAGGACCUGCGGAGCGAGAAGGCCGCGUAUGACCACGUGCACCAGCAGCUCCGCCGCCGCCUGGCCGUGCAGAAGAGGACCAUGAACGCCGCCAUCGAGCAGUCCUCCCUGGCCUACCAGCAGAGGCUGGAAGCCGGAGCCCGGAUGGCCGCCAUGCAGGAGCGCCAGGAGAAGGACGUCGCCCAGCACAGCCUGGAGAUCCGCGAGCUGGAGCGGGUCCACGAGCACGAGGCCAGGCUCAAGGACUUCCUGCUCAUCAAGCUCAGCGACCGCCUGGCCUUCCAGGAGGAGGCCCGGAAGGACGAAGCUCUGAAGGUCAAGAAACGUGGGAAGCAGCAGAGACACCGCGAGAGCUAUGAGAGCUAUGAGGUGGCCCACCUCCGGCUGAUGAAGUUAGCGGAGGAUGGAAACCUGACGAAGCUCAUCAGCGACUUUCUGCUCAGGGAGGAGGCGAACUUUGCUCGGUUCACGUACAUCAUGGAGCUCAACAGCAACAUGGAGACGAUGCAGACGAAGAUCAAGAAGAUCCAGGAUGAGAUCACUGACUUGCGAUUCCAGCAGCAGGCAUCCCAGGAUGACAAACACUCUGCCCUGAUGGAGCUGGAGGAGAAGCUGAAGAGGACCACGGAGGCGGCGGACAGGUGCGAGCUGAGGACCGAGGAGCUCGGCGGGACCCUGGAGCAGCUCCAGGCGGCCGUGAAGUCGCUGCUGGGGAAGAUCGGCUUCAGCCCGGCCGAGCUCCGGGAGUGGCUGGGGGCGCGCGGCCAGGUCACCGAAGCCAACCUCGCGCAGUGCUUUGCCAUCAUUGAGAAGAAGACCAACGACCUCCUGGUGCUCGAGUCCUACCGGCGGCUGCAGGCCACCGAGAGGGCCGACCUCGAGGCGCCCCAGCCCUUCGUCAACCCUUUCUGGGGGGGCUCUGCCCUGCUCAAGUCUUCAGAGACCAGAAAGCUCAGCGCCCCCUUCCUUGGGGGGGAGCCCUCAGACAAGCUGGAUGACGUGGAGCAGCCCCUGGACCACGGCAGCCUCCGGCAGCUGGUGCUCAUGAACCUCAGUGCCCGCGAGUCGGAGAACCAAGAGGCCAACGCGGACGCCACCUCCGAGAAGGCCGACGGCUCCAAGGCCAAGAAGAGGAGAAAGACCGUAAGGGCCGAGCACUUUGCCCCUCGACCCGGAGAAUAA